AUGUCUGCCAAUGUCUCCCCUGGUCCCCUCCUCUCCAAACCCCCCCUGCGGGUGAAAGAAGGCUCCCAGGUAGUCAGAUGGCUGAGCUUAGUUUCCGGCCUCCAGAUAUCUGCAUUCCUGGUGGAUAUUUUGUCCUUGCCGAUGUGCAUUGUGUCAACACUCAGUGUCAACUGGAGAGUGUGGCGUGUGGAAAACGUCAAGGGGAUUGGCUCUGGAAACAUCUGGAUUGGAAUCUGGCAGGUCUGCUUUUGGAAAGACCCUUCUAACGACGGCAACUCUUUUUGGCAUUGCGAAGAUCUCAAUGAGCAACAUCCAACCCUCCCGAAGGAAAUUUUUAUUGCACAGGAUUUAAUGGCAUUAGCUUCCAUUAUGAAUUCAGUGGCCCUGGGAUUAAUUUCAUUUGCCUUGUACAAUGUGUUCAAGCCCAGAAAACAUAAGGAUUUUCUCUUUCGCUUUUUUAGGCUUGGAGCUCUGCUGAACUUAGUUGCAGGGAUACUCGUCCUGAUUUCUGUGGUAUGGAACAUGUCUGCUGUCUUACAAAAUGGGGAAAUUGACUUCCCUGAAACUUUUGAAUUGCCUCAAAUUCCCAGCGAGCAGCAUAUUGGACCUUCUAUUUAUCUAGGCUAUAUCGCUGCGGGUUUCCAGCUGCUGAGUGCAGCAUUGGUUGGGAUUGAGAGAUGUUGCAUCAGGACCACCACAACAGAUACAUCUCUAAUAGAAACUGUAGUGGUGAUUACCCCAGGAAGUGGGGUGAAAAGCCAGAGUCUAACUACUUGUUCGAAGUGUGGUUCUUUGCUAGAUCUGGUAAUUCAAGAGAAAUCCUCCACAGUGGAGAUGGAGGAAAGCUGUGCAAGUGAUCUUGUCAUUCCUGAGGAAUCCUGUGCAGUAGAGAUGGAGGAAAGCCGUACGCCCCAAAGCUCACCUGAAGGACAUCAAAGUCCACCUGAAGUCCCAAAACAUACUAUUAUACAUGUUAUACCCUACAACAGGGAGUCGUAA